GAUUAAUCAAUAUCAAGGAUUGGCGUACAUCCGUGUCACUUAUCAAAACGCAAGCCCGACGCUUCCGUCGUGUAUCUGACUUAGAAAAGCGAUCUACUCAUGUAGACCGAUUAAGCAAAACCAAGCUUUCUCUUCUUCUGAGAAGACCACCCACAACUCUCACAAGUUUGGUUUUACUUUAUCCCCAAACAAUUAUGGAUAUUGGAAGACGAUGAUACAACCCUUCCCGGUCACAAACAACCUCUUUGGCUAUGUUGAUGGCUCAAUUCCGUGUCCUCUGAUCUUCAUCAUAUCCUCCACUUCUUCUGGUAAGGAAGCUGCUGCUAUGGUUUCAUCAUUGACACCCAACCCUGAUUAUCUAAUCUGGGUAUUAUCUAAUAUGGGUUUCAAUGAUGCUCACGUUCAAAAGUUAAUCCUAUCCACCAUAUCUAAAGCAUCUUUUCAACAUGUUUAUGGUACUACAUCUCAUGAUCUUUGGCUGUCUCUUGAGCGUACAUAUGCUCCUCACACUUCUUCACGUGAAUACAUUCUUAAAACUCAACUUUUGAAGAUUGCAAUGAAGCCUGAUGAGUCCUCCUCUACUUAAGCAUAAGAAUACUCAGGUGCACUAGCCAAUAUUGGCGAACCGGUAAAAGAAAAAGACCUAGUAAUUGUUGUUAUAUCCGACUUGAGGGAAGAAUACAAUGGGCUAAAAUCUACCUUGCCGGCUAGGUAAUUCCCGAUUGCCUUUGUUGAACUCCAUGGUCUUCUAUCAGACGAUGAUUACAUGGUCAAGAAGACAUUCACAGAAGUGUCACCAACCCAAGCCUUCACAGCUGCUACCCUCUCUCGCCAACCUACUCCUUCUCCUGCUGCCGGACAGUCCAUGACACAAACUGAGACACUUUAGGCUGUUCACUAGCUUGCACAACAGCUGGGUCUACAACUUCAACCAAUAAACCCACAACCUGCACAAGCUUAUUACACCAAUCGAUUGGGAAACAACUGAGACCGAAACAAUCGGUCAACAAACAACCGCAAUUGGUGCAGCUUCAACAACUGUCAACAGGGAGGAGGUAAUCGAAAUCAAUUUAGUUGGGCAUCAAAUCAAAAACACUGUUUGUGGUACUUGUAACAGGUGCGAUAUUGGAUAUGUCCCGUCCCAAUGUCCAAAUCGUGACCGCUCACAAACAUCCGCUACUUGGCUUCCGGAUACUAGUUCAAGUAAAUCAUGUCACUCCGGAUCUCUCGAGCUUUGAUCAUUCGGAGGCAUACCAUGGUGAUGACAAUGUUGAUGUUGGCAACGGGCAGUGGCGUAUUCUUGUGCACGAGUAAGAUAGGCGAUUGAAGACUCAUUGCCUUUCAUCUCAAUCUUGAGAAGUUGAGUCUUCAGCGUGUACUCUCUUGAUGAUUUGCUGGGUGCAUAUGCUCCUCUAAUGCAAGCCAAAGUUCUCUAGAUGUCGUAUCAUGAACGUGUUUAAAGGAAGCUUCAGAAAUUGUUGAGAUGAUUACCAUUUUGACAUGUGCAUUGUUGGAGAUCCAAUUGAGAUAACUAGGGUUAUCAUUAGGAGCGGCUUCAGCAGUUGCUUGAAUAAUUUGGGAAAACCUGAAAGUAACCUUUUUAACCAUUAGGGCAGCAAUGCGCUAUAUGGAUGCAGGAGAAUUAUCCUUGAAUCCUAAGUCAACUGCGAAUCCUUUUGAUUUCAUCAAAAAUCCAGAUAAACUUGCAUCCAUGGUUCAUGAUUCAUCUAUACCACAGCAAUCAUCCUUGAAUCCUAUGUCAACUGCCAAUCCCUCUGAUUUCAUGUUAAAUCCAGAUAAACUUGCAUCCAUAGUUCAUAAUUAUGACAUAGAGACCUUGCAAACCCUUGGAGGAGUUGAUGCAAUUGCAGAAAUUGUAGAUGUCUGGAUGCAUGAAGGAGUGGAAUCAAGUGAUUUAUCUAGCAGACAAGAUAUAUAUGGCAUCAACAAGUACAGCAAGAAGCCUUCCAAGAGUUUCUUAAUGUUUGUAUGGGAGGCCAUUCAUGAUCCAACUCUUAUUAUCCUUAUAGUAUGUUCCGUUGUCUUAAUAGGCAUGGGACUUGUAACCAACGGCUGGCUAGAUGGGCUGGGAAUUCUCCUGAUUAUUUUAUUAAUUGUCACCAUUACUGCUGUGAGUGACUACUACAUUCAAUCCUUGCAAUUUAAGGAUGAUGACAGCAAGAAGAAGAAAAAGAUUUCGUUUCAGGUCACUAGAGACGGGUGUACACAAAAGGUAACCGAUUAUGAGUUGGUGGUUGGAGAUGUUGUCCAUUUAUUCAUUGGUGACCAAGUUCCAGCCGACGGGAUAUUCAUAUCAGGAUUCAACUUUUUGAUCGAUAAGUCCAGCUUGACGGGUGAGACUGAUCCUGUCCACAUCAGCGAGAAGAAGCCUUUUCUAUUUGCAGGAACUAUAGUGCAGGAUGGCUCGGCUACAAUGCUUGUCACAGCUGUGGGUGUGAAAACCGAAUGGGGAAAAUUGAUGGAAACAUUAAAUAAAGGAGAAGACAAGAUUACUCGUGUGUUGCAAAUCAAGGUGAAAGAUGUUUCCACAAUCAUUGAAAAAAUUGGAUGGGUGUUUUCCAUAUUGACUUUUUUUGUGUUGACUGUGAGAUUUCUUGUCGGAAAAGCAAUGCGAAAUGAGUUCUCGAGUUGGUCGUCUAAUGAUGCUAUGUCUAUGUUAGGUCAUUUCACCACUGCAGUUACUAUUAUUGUUGCUACUGUGACAAAAGGAAUACCUCUGGCACUUACACUGACCCUUGCCUUUGCAAUGAACAAGUUAAGGAACGUCAAUGCACGUGUAACAAAUCCAUCUGCUUGUGAGGCUAUGUGUUUUUGUACUUGCAUAUGCACAGAUAUGACCGGGACUUUAACAACAAACCGUAUGUUUGUUGAUAAAAUAUUCGUAUCUGGUGAAACAAAAGACGCUAGAGACAGUGGAGGUCAAGUUUUAUCUUUGGGAUUGUCAGACAGUGUGUCAUCUGUGCUCCUGCAAGGUAUAUUUAAAUGUACAGGUUCUGAGGUGGUUGAUGACGAAAGCGGUAAAACUUCUAUUUUGGGCACCCCGACAGAAACAGCAAUAUUACAAUACGGGUUAGAUCUUGGUGGUGAUUUCAAUGCCAUAGAUAGUGAUAUUAGGAUGCUGAAAAUAAAUUCUUUCAAUUCCACCCAGAAGAAAAUGUCUGUCAUUGUUUCUCUUCCUGGGGUUCGGACACGUGCGUUUUGCAAAGGUGCACCGGAAGUAGUGUUAGGAUUAUGUGACAAGAUGAUCGAUGUUGGUGGAGAGAUUGUUCCCAUGUCUGAAGAGAAUAUAAACUUUAUCACGGAUGUUGUCGAUGAAUUCGCAGCCGAUGGUUUGAGAACUCUUUGUUUGGCUUAUUUGGAUGUGGAAGGCAGCUUUGGUUGUAAUGAUGACAUGCCUGAGGGUGGCUAUACAUUAAUUGCGGUAUUUGGAAUCAAAGAUCCACUUAGACCGGGUGUAAAAGAGGCGGUUGAAACCUGUUUAGCUGCUGGAAUUUCCAUCCACAUGGUUACUGGUGAUGAUAUCAGGAGAGCUGAAGUCAUCGCAAAGCAAUGUGGGAUACUCACUGAUGAGGGCUUAGCCAUAGAAGGUUCAGAUUUUCCAAUCAUUCCUAGAUUAGUUCAGGUAAUGGGUAGCUCAUCACCAACAGACAAACAUGAAUUCGUGAAGCGUUUGAAAGACAUGUCCGAAGUUGUUGCAGUUGCAGGCGAAGGCACGAUUCGUGCUCCUGCUUUGCAAGAGUCGGACAUCGGAUUUGCCAUGGGGAUAGCAGGGACAAAGGUCGCGAAAGGACAAGCUGAUGUCAUUCUGAUGGAUGAUGAUUUCGCGACAAUUGUGAAAGUAGCCAAAUGGGGACGCGCCGUAUAUGUUAAUUUUCAAAAGUUUGUACAGUUCCAGUUAACAGUGAAUAUGGUUGCUCUCAUGAUCAACUUAGUUUCCGCAUGCAUCACAGGGACAGCACCACUUACAGCUGUCCAAUUGCUUUGGGUCAACCUGAUCAUGGGCACUUUGAGUGCACUAGCAUUGGCCACCGGGCCACCAAAUGAUGGUUUAAUGAAACGACCUCCUGUUAAGCUUACCGAAAGUUUCAUCACCAAGAUGAUGUGGCGGAAUAUCAUUGGUCAAAGUAUUUACCAAAUGGCUGUCCUGUUUGUUCUCAAUUUUUCCGGGAAGCCAAUCUUGAAUCUCCAUGGGCCGAAUGCGACUGCGAUCCUUAAUACUUUCAUUUUCAACACGUUUGUCUUCUGUCAGGUCUUCAAUGAUAUAAACAGCCGUGAAAUUGAUGAUAUAAAUGUUUUCCGAGGCAUGUUCAGCAGUUGGAUAUUCAUGUGUGUGAUGAUAUUGAUAGUUGUAUGUCAAGUAACCAUAGUCGAGUUUCUUGGGACUUUUGCAAGCACCGUGCCACUAGAUUGGCAACUGUGGGUACUUAGCAUUGUGGUCGGCUUGGUGAGUAUGCUGAUUUCAGUUGUUUUGAAGUGCAUUUCUGCUGUCAAAGAACCAUAUGAUGAUGGCUAUGAGAUCCUCCCUGCUGGCCUAGAAAGUGUUUAAAGGAAACCUCAAGAGUAAAUGCUUAGUCUUCCUUUCUUUCAUUUUCUUAAAAACUAUUACGAAUAUCUCCAAGAACACAAAAUAAAGCUUAUACGUGUAGUCAUUAGCUGUCAUCUCACUGUAUAUAUGCUGUCAUAUUAGUAUUAAUAUUUUCCUGUAAUAGCUCCUCAAUUAGCUCCAUUCCAUGUAUGUAUUAUUGGCUAUAAAAGCCACUGUAAAGAUCAAUAAGUGUGCAACUUCCGUAUCA